AUGACCGGAGAGCGAUUCUGGAAGGACAACGACUUGGGUGUGAUCCUAUUGUUUGACGUCAAUGGUAUCAUUGCUGGCAUACAGUCCGCAUUUGAUAAAAACACCAAUCCGAAUCAGAAUAAUUAUCCGGCACCGCAGAUGCAGAAUCACCCAUUGGUAGAAGAGGGCGGGAAUUACCAUAGCACCGCAUACUUCAUUCCAUCAGACACAAUAUGUACUACGGGACGCACGUCCGCGGAAUUUCACCAAAUAGGCACCGGUAGAGGCUUAUGGAUACAGAACGGAACCGACCCAAGCAGCACCGCGAUGAUCCCAACGACUAUCGAAGAGGCCCGAGCCAGUGAAUGGACAGAGGGGGAAUGUUUCAUUUCCAUGGGAAAACAUUUCUGGUACAAGCUUAGCAAGGACAUGGACUGUAAUGACUUCUUCCCCAUGUUUCUGCUAUACAAUGGCGGCGUUCUCAACGGAUUUGGCUGGGGUUAUUUGAUUAACAUUGAAGCCUCCAAACGCCUUGAACAUCCCCCACCGUCAACAUAUCCGCAAUUCAUGAAGGAGGUGCCAACAUGUCUGGGGACCGCCGGAACCCUGACCACGCUGCAUAUCUACCUCACAGACAGCAUCAUCGCUGACACAUGCUAACAUUGCAACAAUAUUGUUAUUCCACUGUAUUAAUAUACUGCAUUAAAAUAUGGUGUUAUGUG